CUGCCGCAGAAUUUCAAACGAUUCGCAACCGUUUCAGUUGGUGUGGGAUUGUUUGUUUCCGUUUCGGAGUUUAAUUGCUCUCAGCUAGCUAUCGACAAAGUUUUAACUAAAAACAACAACCGUUUCCAUUUCAAGAUCGGUUCGACUAAUAUUGGCAGCUGUCCGAGACAUCUCCACGACAAGCGAUUCGGGUAUUAAAUUUGCUCCGAUGGCUCGGAAUUGCAUUGGUUCUACGUGGUGGCCCCCGUGUGUUGUUGUCGGCGAUGCGGUACAGUGAACAGUGAAACUUGCGUAGCAAAAUAGUGCAAUCUAAUUGGCUUAUAACUUAGCAUCAUGCUGUUUCCAACACUUAUUCAGCUGGAUUGAAUUGGGAGUGCUUGGACGUGUGUGAAUUAUGCUUGGAAAGCAAGUGCGUAAAGGACUGUCCUUUAUGUUGAAGCCCACCUGCGGUACUGCUGUUGAGAACCUGGUUCUGUUCGGAAACCUAUAAAGCAAGUUCUUGUAGACUUCACGUGCUAAAAUUAGAACUGCAAUAUCCUGAACGACCUCGGAGACAACCGUUUAGGUAACAAGCUGAUCAUCUGUGUUUUUGGAAAGUUCAUACAACAUCCUGCUCAGUAUACGGCUCAAAAUGGACAAGGGUCGUUAUUUAACGCGUAUCUGGUUUGGCUUGGUGGCGAUGGUGAUAAUCAGCGUACCGCAACGAGUCAUCUCAAUGCCAUGCACCAGUGACUCCGAUGGGCAAACAGUGAAUACCAUAAGAACGGAUCGACCGACUGUAGCGGGAUCAAAGUCUAUGGGUGUCCCCGUUGCUGCACCAACAGUAGCUUCGUCGACGCCAUUAGCAAUCAAAAAGGAUCUCUUUAUGUCUCGUGGCUGGGGUGCCUCCGGUAUGCCAUUUUCAAUGUUUUACCUUAAUCAUUACACCAAGGCACAAAAAGCCUAUGCACAAAACCAACUACAUCAGCAGCAGCAACAUCAGCAGCAGCAGGAGCAGCUGCAACAGCAGCAACGGCAACAGCAAUUGCUUCAGUUGCAGAAACAGCAGCUCGAAGAACAACAACUGAAGCAACAGCAGCUCUUAAGGAUACAACAACAGCAAGACGAGCAUUCGUUAGUUGAUUAUCAAGAAGAUGCAACAACCAAGGGUGCCGGCUAUCCAUUGGUGCCGAAGACACUUCCCUUUGGCGCCCGGUACCCGUUAGAUCCCGAACCCAUCGCUGUACACGCGCAGCAACUGCGGACUGAUACAGACUAUGUCGACAGUGCUUCACCAGUUCGUACAUCGAAGGUGAAUACUGCGCGUCGCCAAUACACCGUACCGCAGCUGUUCGUAUCGUAUGGUUGGGGACCGAUGGGAUAAACGCACCAGCCUUGGACACUUUGACACAAACCCAAACAAACCCGCCGAGUAGUAAAACCUCCGCUCAACUAGCGAAUGCGAAUUAUUCACAAGAGGAGUGUUUUUUUUUAAAUUAUCCUUGCAGCACUACUUUCCAGCACAUGUUUCAUUCUAAGUGUUACAAAUUGUACUGUAAAAUUAUUCUCAACAAUAAUAUAAAAAUGCAUGAUGUAACUCAAUGUAUAGCGCAACGCAUAUAGUAAUGUAAUUAUCAGAGAAAUUCUAAUUAAAAAAAAAGAUUAUGAAAACUCACAAUUGGGAUUUACAAUAAACAUUAGGAAGCGUUAUCUGCUACGCCAUAUUCUCUA